GCGACGCGCAUCGUUCGUGUCCUCUUGCAAUUUCUUUGGGCGGUGAUGGUGAUAGUCAAUAACAUAUCCACACAUUCCCCUCGCUCCCUCUCAACCCACCCCUCCCUCAAUUACUGUCUCCAUAAUGGACAGGCGUUCACCUUAUUCUCUGAGCGUUCUCGCUCCUAGCACAAAUGGUGCAGAAGAGUCCCGGACACAGAUCCAGCAAAAGUUACGAGACUUCGUUUUAGAAUUUCAGUUGGAUAAUGCGUUUAUUUAUCGAGACCAGCUUCGGCAAAAUGUGCUCGUGAAGCAGUAUUACUGCGAUAUUGAUAUCGCGCACUUAGUGUCUUAUAAUGAGGAGCUGGCCUACAAGCUCACCACCGAACCAGCGGAUAUCAUCCCCCUUUUUGAAAAUGCUCUCCAGCAAUGCACACAGAGAAUCGUCUACCCCUCUCAGAGAGAUGUCGAGCUCCCAUCCCAUCAGCUCCUACUUCACUCAUCUGCAGCACAUAUCUCCAUUCGUGACCUUAACGCAACAAAUAUCUCUCACCUUGUCCGCAUCCCUGGUAUUGUGAUUGGCGCAUCUACAAUCUCAUCGAAGGCAACAGUCGUUCACAUCCGUUGCAAGAACUGCGAUCAUAGUGAAAACAUUCGAGUCGAAGGCGGGUUCACGGGCCUAUCACUUCCCAGGAGGUGUGGCCGCCAGCAGCAACCUGGUGAUGCCCCUGGCGAGCAGUGCCCUCUCGAUCCUUACGUUGUUCAUCACGAGAAGUGUCAAUUUGUUGAUCAGCAAGUUCUCAAGCUCCAGGAAGCCCCCGACCAAGUGCCCGUGGGUGAACUUCCCAGGCACGUUCUCGUCUCUGCAGACCGGUAUCUCGCUAACCGGGUUGUACCCGGUUCCCGCUGCACAGUCAUGGGCAUCUUCUCUAUCUACCAGUCUAAAGGCGCCAAGAAGGACGGUGCCCCCGCAAUUCGUAACCCUUAUAUGCGGGCAGUAGGCAUCAGCACCGACCUCGAUCACACUAUCAAGGGCAAUGCCAUUUUCUCAGAAGAAGAAGAGCAGGAAUUUCUGGAGCUGAGCCGUCGGCCUGAUCUAUACGAUGCUCUGGCCAGAAGCAUUGCUCCCUCUAUUUACGGCAACCUCGAUAUCAAGAAGGCUAUUGUCUGCCUGCUCAUGGGCGGUUCGAAGAAGAUUCUUCCCGAUGGUAUGAAAUUGCGUGGAGAUAUCAACGUGCUGCUUCUUGGUGACCCCGGUACGGCUAAGUCUCAGCUGCUUAAAUUCACGGAGAAGGUGUCGCCCAUCGCCAUCUACACAUCCGGUAAAGGCUCGUCUGCAGCUGGUCUGACAGCUUCGGUACAGCGAGACCACGCGACACGCGAGUUUUACCUGGAAGGAGGUGCAAUGGUCCUUGCGGAUGGGGGUGUGGUGUGUAUUGAUGAAUUCGACAAGAUGAGAGACGAAGACCGAGUCGCCAUCCAUGAAGCUAUGGAGCAGCAGACUAUUUCGAUUGCCAAAGCCGGCAUCACCACCAUUCUUAACUCCAGGACAUCCGUUUUGGCCGCUGCAAACCCUAUCUUCGGCCGCUACGAUGACCUGAAAACUCCCGGCGAGAACAUAGAUUUCCAAACCACCAUUCUGUCUCGUUUCGAUAUGAUCUUCAUUGUCAGAGACGAUCACGAACGCAGCCGUGACGAGAACAUUGCACGACACGUCAUGGGCGUUCACAUGGGUGGUCGAGGUGUUGAAGAACAGGUAGAGGCUGAGAUCUCGGUGGACCAGAUGAAGCGUUAUAUUAGCUAUUGCCGCACCCGUUGCGCCCCGCGUCUAUCCCCUGAAGCUGCAGAGAAGCUCUCGUCUCACUUCGUUUCGAUCAGAAAGCAAGUUCACCGCGCAGAGCUCGACGCCAACGCGCGUUCUUCCAUCCCUAUCACAGUCCGUCAACUGGAGGCCAUCGUGCGUAUCACUGAGUCUCUAGCCAAACUUAGCCUGUCGCCAAUUGCUACAGAAGCACACGUCGACGAGGCCAUCCGCCUCUUCUUGGCCUCGACCAUGGACGCAAUCACUCAGGGCGAGGGUCAAGGUAGUAAGGAGAUGAUGGAAGAAGUCAGCAAAAUCGAAGACGAGCUGAAGCGCAGACUUCCCAUCGGCUGGAGCACCAGUCUUGCCACCCUGCGCCGUGAGUUCGUUGACGGCCGGGGUUACACUGAACAAGCCCUAAACCGGGCCUUGAUGGUCCUACAGCGGAGAGACACUGUCCGCAUCCGCUCCGGCGGAUCCCAGGUGUACCGCCACGGUGUAUAGUUUUCUUUCAGCUUUGUUCGCUUGAUGACUGAUGCUCGCAUGGAGUGUGUAUGGGCUAUGGGACGCUAAUGGUUUAACUUUGGGGGAGCAUGCAUUACCUGAUAUCAUGUCUUUAUAGAAACUGGACCUCGGGCACAGCGGGCUGACGGUGUACGGCGUUG